AUGGAGGAUAUGUUCAUUUUGACUGAAGCUUGUAACCUGGUGGACGAAGACGGGUUCAGGGCCCAAACGGCAGACGCCACCUGGGCGACCCAGGACCAGUGCGACACCGACAUCACCCUCCUCUUCCUCGCAAGGCUGGCACUCCGAGGCCCGACGGCGACACCGGUGUGUCUGCCCGACACACACCUGAGCUCCUACCUGCUGAGGGUGAUCACAGACAACAUGUUCUGUGCCGGGUUCCUGGACGGCACCAAAGAUUCCUGCAGCGGCGACAGCGGCGGUCCCUUCGUGGUGAACUACUGCGAGACCUGGUUCCUGACCGGGGUCGUCAGCUGGGGCGAGAAGUGUGCCGCCAAGGGAAAGUACGGAGUCUACACCAGACUGGGCAACUUCCUGACCUGGAUCAGAGACACCAUGACCCAUGAAGAGCAGCUGGAGGCCCAGGACCCGAUGAACAACCAGCACCUGUCAGGGACUGAGAGGCCGGUCCUGACAGUGACCCAGGAUCCAGUGAACAACCAGGACCUGUCAGGGACUGAGAGGCCGGCCUUGAUGGUGACCCAGGACCCAGUCAACAACCAGGACCUGUCAGGGACUGACAGUCCGGUCCAGACGGUGACCCAGGACCCAAUCAACAACCAGGACCUGAUGGGGACAGAGACGCCAGUCCUGAUGGUGACCCAGGAUCUGAUGAAGAACCGGGACGGUCCUCUGGCUGAUUUCUCGAAGCGCAGUCGAAGUGCAAAGUUUCGUCUCGUUCCAAAGUUCACGAAAGACAAAAACAACAAGAACAAAGAGACGUCUGCAACUCUGUCCAUACCAGUCCAUCAGUGGGGAACAGAGGAAGUUGGACUCUGGUUGGACAGACUUUGUCUCACUGAGUAUAAAGAAAUCUUUGUUGGACACGACAUCCGAGGAGCUGAACUGAUUCACCUGGAGAGGAGAGACCUGAAGGACCUGGGAGUGACCAAAGUGGGCCACAUGAAGCAGAUCCUGCUGGGAAUUCGAGAGCUGAACAGGAACAGCAGCGCCAGCGAGGCCUGA